AUGGACAGCCUCACUCCCGCCGAACAGAGGGAGCUCAAUGCUCGUAUGGAGGCAAAGCAGCUGAAAGAAUUCAUGAAGACCUAUUCCAACCUCGUCCAACGGUGUUUUGACGAUUGUGUCAACGAUUUCACAACAAAGUCACUGAUCUCGAGAGAAGAAGGCUGUGUGAUGCGCUGCGUGGAUAAAUUCCUGAAAGGCUCGGAGAGAUUAGGGGCCAGGUUUCAAGAGCAGAAUGCUGCCAUGAUGCAAUCCGGACAGCUGCCAGGCCGAUAA